CCACCUUAAAAACCCCACCCACUACAGUACAAAUUACAGAAUCUCCCAAACUCCACAAAACGAACGCCCCAGAAAAUUCCUCUCCGAAUUGAGGAAUAGUUUCAGAAACCGAGAGAUAUGGGCCAGAAGGAAGCGGAAUCUGAGAGGAUCGACGGCGGCGGCGGCGUGGUGGUGGUGGAACCCAAGCCGAAGAAGGGGCUGAGUUCGAAGGCGGUAGACUGGUUGGAAUGGGCGUUUGUGAAGAUGAUGCAUGACCCUAAGAAGCCUCUUCAUUAUCUCGCCGGCAACUUUGCUCCGGUUGACGAGACUCCUCCUCUCACCGAUCUUCCCGUUAUAGGACAUCUGCCGGAAUGCCUCAACGGUGAGUUUGUGAGGGUGGGGCCCAACCCAAAAUUUGCACCAGCUGCUGGAUAUCACUGGUUCGAUGGAGAUGGAAUGAUUCAUGGUAUGCGCAUCAAAGAUGGAAAAGCAACCUUCGUGUCACGCUUUGUGAAGACAUCACGACUCAAGCAAGAAGAGUUUUACGGAGGACCGAAAUUUAUGAAGAUUGGUGACAUGAAAGGAAUGUUUGGACUUUUCAUGGUUAACAUGCAAAUGCUAAGGACAAAACUUAAAGUACUCGACGUUUCCUAUGGAUUUGGUACAGCUAAUACAGCUAUGGUAUACCACCAUGGGAAGCUUCUGGCACUCAGUGAGGGAGAUAAACCAUAUGCAAUCAAAGUUUUGGAAGAUGGAGAUUUGCAAACAAUUGGCAUGAUGGAUUACGACAAAAGACUGUCGCAUACUUUUACUGCUCAUCCCAAGGUUGACCCAUUCACUGGGGAAAUGUUUACCUUCGGCUAUGCACAAGCACCGCCUUAUGUUACAUACAGAGUCAUAUCAAAGGAAGGUGUGAUGGAGGAUCCAGUGCCGAUUACGAUAGCGGACCCCGUCAUGAUGCAUGAUUUUGCCAUUACUGAAAAUUAUGCCAUUUUUAUGGAUCUACCAUUGUACUUCAAGCCAAAGGAAAUGGUGAAGGACAACAAAUUCAUUUUCAGUUUCGAUCCGACGAAGAAAGCUCGUUUCGGAAUCCUUCCUCGGUAUGCUAAGAACGAGCUCCUAAUCAGGUGGUUUGAGCUACCAAAUUGCUUCAUAUUUCAUAACGCAAAUGCAUGGGAGGAAGGAGACGAAGUUGUUCUAAUCACUUGCCGACUUCAAAAUCCCGAUCUUGACAUGGUUAAUGGCGCUGUAAAAGAAAAGCUCGAUAAUUUCACAAACGAACUAUACGAGAUGAGAUUCAACCUUAAAAACGGUCGGGCUUCACAGAAAAGAUUAUCAGUCUCAGCUGUAGAUUUCCCCAGGGUCAAUGAAAGCUACACCGGCAGGAAACAACGUUAUGUAUAUGGAACAAUACUGGAUAGUAUUGCAAAGGUGACUGGAAUUAUAAAAUUCGAUUUACAUGCGGAACCAGAAACUGAUAAAGAGAAGCUUGAAGUUGGAGGGAAUAUUAGUGGCAUCUUUGAUUUGGGACCCGGAAGAUUUGGAUCCGAGGCUGUCUUUGUCCCUCGCCAGCCUGGCAUUACGUCUGAAGAAGACGAUGGCUACUUGAUUUUCUUCGCGCAUGACGAGAAACUGGGUAAUCCAUCUUAAUUGUAUAUUUCUG